CUUUGUCUUUUCGAGUCUUCCAUUAUUCACCCCUGUGUUUUUAUCUCCAAUUCCGCUGCAAUGUCGGGACCAGCUCCGACGCAGACAGAGGGUCUUCCAGCCACGGUUCCCUACCCAGACGCGGCUGCCACUCCCCCAGAGUCCUCGACUCCUGCACUCGGCCGUGGCAGCCGUAUCUCAUCUUACCAAGGCCAAGGCCGGUCACUAACAUCUGUGACGAUUGAUGAGAAACCUCGCCGGAAAUUCAAAUCUUCGCGGCUCGUUGGGGAGUAUGAGAAGCCAUGGCUCGCCGAUUGGAAGCGCGAGACAAACUGGGACAGCAUCAUCUUCUACAGUGGUGUCCUGAUAGCUCUCUGCAUCUCGGCUUACAUCGCAUGGAACACCGUCCGAAAGAUUCCUAAGAAUGAGUAUUGCCUCAUUCUCGACGACCGCUUUACAACGUUGGAUAAGAAUACCUGGAGCCAUGAGAUUCAGAUGAACGGAUUCGGAACUGGAUCAUUUGACUGGACUACCGACGAUCCUUCCAACUCCUACGUCGAUGAGCAGGGCCUCCACAUCGUCCCGACACUGACCCUCCAGACCACCAAGCUCACCGAGGACCAGAUGCUGGACAAGCACGUCGUCAAUCUCACCAGAGAUGGAACCUGUACUUUCGACAACCAGCGCCUCUCCAACCUCACAUUCAAUAACCCCUGCUGGGCGCGCAGCAACGCCACCAGCCGAGCCAUGAUCAACCCCGUGCGCUCCGCCCGUCUCACCACGUCGCGCAAGAAGUCCAUCAAGUAUGGUCGCGUUGAAGUCGAGGCCAAGCUUCCUUCUGGCGAUUGGAUGUGGCCCGCCAUCUGGAUGAUGCCUCAAGACUCGGUGUAUGGUGAGUGGCCUCGAAGCGGCGAGAUCGACAUUAUGGAGUCGCGUGGCAAUGAUGCUGAAAAAUACCCUCUCGGUAAUAACAUCGUCAGCUCGGCCAUGCACUGGGGCACGCUGUACGAUACCGAUGCCUUUCGCCUCAGUAUGGGUGAAUGGGGUUCCAAGAGGACCAAGUAUUCGGACAAGUUUCACACGUUUGGUCUUGAAUGGAAUGAGAAGUACCUUUUUACGUGGCUUGAUGGAAGGCUCCGUCAAAUUGUCUUUUUCGACUUUACCAAGAACAAGAACAUGUGGGAAUACGGCAAAUUUGCCGGCAUCACAGUUAACAAGACGGUCCACAGGGAUACCUGGAGCCAGACUGGUCGAUCCAACACGCCUUUCGACCAAGAUUUCUACCUAAUUCUCAAUGUUGCAGUUGGUUCCACAAAUGGCUGGUUCCCGGACAAACUGGGCGAGAAGCCGUGGUCAGACGAGAGUUCUGCGCCUAUGCGUGACUUUUGGGAUGCCAAGAAUACAUGGCUGCCCAGCUGGGGAGAGCAGAAGGACCGUGGGAUGAUUGUGCGGUCAGUCAAGAUGUGGCAGGAGGGGGCAUGUUCAUCCUAG